UUCAUCGUUUCCCCUUUAAACGGGUAGGUUUCGCAUUCGAUGCGACGUCUUGUCACAGUAAACCCUCCAUUUCAAUCUCGAGCUUCGAAUCUGGCAGGCGCCUGUGGCAUGGAGGCAACACUAUAAGCCGCGGCGGUGCCUCGUCUUCUACCUCUCGUCUCCGGCGGACGGGCGGCAGAGGCAAUAUAUCGCCGGAGAUACACCUCCCUUUCGCUCACCUUCUCGCGCUUGAUGGAGGGGAGUCCUUAAUCGGCGAGCUCGCAGGACCAUGAUACUGCGACCUCUCAACAUCUAUGUAGCAGAUUUAUGCAUCCAUAGACACACCUACAAUUAAUGCAUGUUACUGCACAGAAUUGGCAAUAUUUGAUUAAGUUAAUAUCAAGAUUUUUUGUUAGGCAAAUUAAUACUGAUUUACUACCAUGGGUACUUGUGUAUCAACAUCAAAGAGAAGACCUAGAUCCAGAAACCAUUCUCUUCGGUUCAGAAGAUCCCAUGGAAAAGUUUCUGCAUCAGUUCCUGAUGCACCUGCUACUAGGAAAAGUCAUAUUGGAAAUCAAUUUGCUUGCAGCCAGUUUGUUCACGUUAAGUCUUCAACAUCUUGCCGGAAGUCUAAGGUUUCCAGUCUAGCAUUUCAUCUCACACAACUGCAAUGGCAUCACAAGCAGAUGGAGACAAAUGUGAUGUGCCAAGAAGAAGUAUGGUUUGAUUCUGUCAGUAUUUUGGAGUCCGAGUCUGAUGAUGACUUCAGUAGUGUUUGUGGAGAUGUUCAUCCCUCUGUAAAUGGUUCAGUUGGUACCCAAUUUAUUCCCCAUGAGAAUACAUCCAUGUUAGUAGAUGCUGUCUACAAGCUCGAGGAACUUAAUGAAGCCACUCCAACUAUUGUGGCAGUUGAGCAAUACAUAGAAACGGAUCAAGGCAAAACUGAAAUGCAUUUUAGCAAACAAGAAUCAGCGAAUGCAGAUGGAGUGACACUGGAAAAGGUUGGUGAAGCAACGCAUAGAAAUCAGAUUGAGAGCUGUAACAAAAUGAAAAAGGUGUUGGAGGAUAUUUAUGGUAGUUUCAAAGAUAUAACAGAAAACAGACAAAACACAGUUGAAAAAAAUUGUGAAAGCAUGCUGAAGCAGUUGACUUCAUCUUGUCCACCUCAUUUAGUUCCUUCCAUCAGCUUUAAUGAUAAGGUCCAGCAGUUUCCUAGUGCUAGCCCACAAUGUCAGAAAAGGAGAUCAGCAGUGAUCAGGCUUUCAUUCAAGAGAACAUCCAAAGAUGGAGAAGAGAUCUCUGAAUUUUGUUCUUCGAAGAACUAUCUCUAUCAUCCUAGAGCAGGACUAUCAGUUCCAUUCUCAUCUGGUGAAAAGCCAAUGCAAGGAUGCUGGUCCAUCCUUGAACCUUCUUCCUUCAAGCUUCGAGGGGAGAGCUACUUCAGAGAUAAAAAGAAAGCUUUUGCUCCCAGCUAUAGUCCAUACACUCCAAUUGGAGUAGAUUUGUUCUUCUGUCCACGUAAAGUAAACAACAUCGCUCAGCACAUUGAGCUUCCGCCGGUAAAGCCACAUGAGAAAGUUCCCUCUCUGCUUAUUGUUAACAUCCAGCUCCCAACUUAUCCUGCUGCUAUGUUUCUGGGUGAUAGCGAUGGGGAAGGAGUCAGCCUUGUGCUGUACUUCAAGGUGUCUGACAAUUUUGACAAAGAUAUUUCUCUGCAGUUUCAGGACAGCAUUAGGCGAUUCGUAGAUGAUGAAGUAGAAAAAGUUAAAGGGUUUCCUAUGGACUCGAUCGUUCCUUAUAGAGAAAGGCUAAAAAUAUUGACCGGGUUAGUUAAUCCUGAGGAUCUCCAUUUGAAUACCGCUGAAAAGAAGCUUGUACAAGCUUACAAUGAAAAACCAGUGCUCUCAAGACCUCAACACAACUUUUACGAGGGUCCAAAUUACUUUGAAAUUGACAUGGAUGUUCAUCGCUUUAGCUAUAUUUCGAGAAAGGGACUCGAAGCAUUCAGAGAAAGGCUGAAGCAUGGAAUACUUGAUCUCGGUUUGACCAUCCAGGCACAGAAGCAGGAGGAACUACCAGAACAUGUCCUAUGCUGUGUGAGGAUGAACAAAGUGGACUUCGUUAACCAUGGGCAAAUACCGACACUGAUGAUGCUUGACCAAGACAUGAAGCUCGACUCAAACUCAAACUAGGAUCCAAAUAAACUUGGAAAACAAAAUGAACUCAGGUCUGUCUGUUGUCAUUCAGUUGGCAUAGUUACUCAGACUACGAUAUGAUGAUGAGAAAAUGACAGCAUUGUCCUCGGCAAAGCGAUGACAAAGCCGAAAAGAACUCAUCUUCUUGUCGAUGUAAUAGUGUUCUUAUAACUAGUGUUUAUGAGGAAACUCAAGGAGUCUCCUUUUAGGGGUUUGCCAUGAUGCUAACAAUAAUUUAUAUUUAAAAUUCUCAAAUUCGAGUCGAAGUUGAAUAAGUUUGAUAAUUUUUUCAAUCAAAUUUGAACUAAUAAUAUUUAUUUAA